AUGUCGGUGGGUCAGAAAGAAGACGAUUCGAUUGAAAUCCGCGAGGUCUGGAACGACAAUCUCGAAGAGGAGAUGUAUCUGAUUUCACAAGUGGUUGGCCAUUUCCCCUACGUCGCGAUGGACACGGAGUUCCCUGGGAUCGUGUGCAAGACAGUGACGACAGACGCAAACUGUAGACGCAACGAGUUCAACUGCUACGACUCGUUAAGGACGAACGUGAACAUGCUAAACAUGAUUCAGCUCGGCCUCGCGUUAUCCGACGAGCAAGGAAACCUCCCGACCUUGGGAACCAACAACAAGCAGUGCGUCUGGCAAUUCAAUUUCAGGGAAUUCAACCCCAAGACGGACAUGUUCGCCAUGGAGUCCAUCGAGCUCCUCAGUCAAUCCGGGAUCGACUUCGCCAGAAACAUCCGAUUCGGCAUCGAGUCGAGACGAUUCGCGGAACUUCUGAUGAGUUCUUCGGUAGUGCUAGACUAUAAGAUACAGUGGGUGACGUUCCACUGCGGAUACGAUUUCGGAUACCUGCUGAAAAUCCUUACCGGGAAAAAUCUGCCGGAGAAGCAGUCGGAGUUCUUCCUCCUGGUCAAGACAUUUUUCCCGGUAGUUUACGACAUCAAACACCUGAUGGAUUUCUGCGCCGGUCUCUUUGGCGGCCUGAGCAAAGUAGCGGAGCUGCUCCAUGUCAAACGAGUCGGGAUUUCGCACCAGGCCGGUUCAGAUAGUUUGCUAACGUCUUGUGUGUUCAGGAAGAUGAAAGAGACGCACUUCUCUGGUCCCAUGGAUAAAUAUUCUGGUGUUUUGUAUGGACUAGGAAGUGUUUAUAAUCCUCAGCUCCUCGCUGAAAAAUCCAAAAAACCAAAUUAA